AUAUUUGGUCUUUGGAAAUUGUAAAAUGUAGAUUGUGGAUAUUACGACCGUGAGUCCGUAAACAUAAGAACUAAAACUUGAUAAAGCGUUGAAUUUCUCGAGCGAUUGCAGUGGAGGGAGUUUCAAUAUUGGGAGAAUGGAUGUAGAAUAUAUAAAUAUAAUUAACAUUACAAAGGCAAACGUCGACCAAUAAAGAGUGUUACUCCAUUAAGGAGUUCGAUAAUAUUACUACAAGUAUUUGUGUUGAUUUUAAAUUGUUAAUUAAUAUUAUUGGUAUUAUUGUUUAGUUCGUGUUAAAGUUUUAAUCAUCCACGAUGGAUCGAAAAUUUCUAAAUGUUAUUCUACUCGGUUUUGGAUUUAUGUUUGUGUUUACUGCAUUCCAGACUAUGGGGAAUAUAGAGAAAACCAUACUGGACAGUAUAACACAAGAUGAUCCUAAUUUCGUCGGCGAUGGCUACACCUCGCUCGCUAUCAUCUAUGCCACCCUCGCCAUCUGCAACUGGAUGGCUCCUUCGAUAAUCACCAUCACUGGGCCUAGAGGCGCGAUGAUGAUUGGUGCACUAACUUAUUUAUUCUUCAUAGUGACGUUCCUCUUCCCCCGCACAUGGCUGCUGUACGUGGCGAGUGUGAUGAUCGGCGCAGGCGCGGCCGCCAUCUGGACCGGCCAGGGCAACUACCUGACGCUGAACAGCGACGCCGAAACCAUCUCCAGGAACUCGGGGGUGUUUUGGGCUAUGUUGCAAUGCAGCUUAUUCUUCGGCAACCUGUUCGUGUUCAUCAAGUUCCAAGGCAAGACGCACAUAGAUGUGGAGACGCGCAACGUGGUCUUCGGCGCGCUGACCGCCGUCUGCGUCGUGGGCAUGCUGUUCUUGGUCAUGCUGCGACCUGCGCGCCGCACGCCCAACGUUGACGAUGUAAAGAGCGAGAUAGUGCCAGUGCAAGAAGCAGAAGGGCCAAUGGAGGCGUUUAGGGGCGCGCUCCGACUUUUCUGCACCGGAGAUAUGAUUCUGUUGAGUGCUGCCUUCGUUUAUACAGGCGUGGAGCUGUCGUUCUUCAGCGGCGUGUACAGUCCCAGCAUCGGGUUCACGCUGGGCAUGGGCGAGAACGCCAAGCAGCUGGUCGGGCUGUCGGGCGUCUUCAUCGGGCUGGGAGAGGUGCUCGGAGGAGCACUAUUUGGCAUCCUCGGUAGCAAGACGACUAGAUGGGGCCGCGACCCGGUCGUGAUUAUGGGAUACCUGAUCCACAUGACGAGCUUCUUCCUCAUCUUCAUCAACCUGCCCAACGCAGCACCCUUCGGCGACACCACCGACGUCUCCUACAUCGGGCCCUCCGCUUACCUGGCGAUGUUCUGCAGCUUCCUGCUAGGAUUCGGUGACGCGUGCUACAAUACUCAGAUCUACUCCAUUUUGGGUGGAAAGUACGCUGACUGCAGUACGUCCGCGUUUGCGCUUUUCAAGUUCACACAGUCACUAGCUGCAGCGGCUUGCUUCUUCUACUCAUCACGGGCGCCAUUGUCGGUGCAACUGGGCGUGCUCGCCAUCUUAGCCUCAGUAGGAACGGCCGCCUUCUGCCGCGUGGAGUGGCGGGCACGAGCGCGAGCGCGCGCCGCUGCGCUAGAGUCGAUCGACGAUAAAUUAUCGCCCGCCACUCAUUCACUCGCCGAUAAUACUCUACAUUACGAUUGAGCUGUUUGACUUUGAUGUUGCCCUGGUACCUGAGCUGAGACAUUCCAACAAGUUUAUGUAAUUUAAAAUCAUUGAAAAUCAUUCCAAAUCAAUGGUAUAGUUCAUAGCUACGAUCUAGGGUAUGGAACUCUAAAUUUAUAGGCACUAAAUACCACAAAACUUGAAUUGAAAACAAAAAGUAUAUUAGUACCACAAAUAUGGUGUUUAAAAAAAAUCCGUGUUUCUUAUUUAAUAUUUUAAAUAUACAUAAAUAAUGUGAUUAGAAUUUAAAUAUAUUAAAUAGUUUGUUAAUAUAAAUUAUCAUGAGAAAAUGAAGUCACUCCAUUAUUAUAAUAGCUCAACAUUCUAAACUUUCUCACAUUAUCAAUACAAUUUUAUUUUACUUAAAGUGAGAAAUGAAUUUUUCAUUUCAUUACAAACUCUUUUUGAACUGGUAGUGAUAAACUAGACGGAAAAUACUUUUCAGAAGUGCUUGUAAAGUUGUAAAAACUUAGCCUUGAAAAGGAUGAUAUUGAAUUUAAAUGAACUUCGAAAUCGAGACUUGAUUUAAAAUCGAGUAAUGUACAGGUACAUUUAUAGGUAUAAUUAUCGAAUAUGUUAUUAGAAAUCUGAUUAUGUAGCUGUUGAAAGGUGUAUAAUCAAAUUUGUAACGAAGGUACUGUAAGGCCAGAAAUGUGAUUUUUGAACUUAAAAGUUCAAACUUGUUAGUAUUAUCAAGAAUUUGACUGGUAAGCGCUGGCGUAACCCUGAUGAAUAUUUUGUAUGCAUAGAUUUUGUAAAGAUUAAAUAAAUUAUUCAAUUAAGAACAGUUCCUGGAAUAGUGCUCAAUAGGAACAUUAAAUUAAUGAAAUAACAAUAGACAAGUAAAUGUAAUAGAAGAUUAGAAUUAUUAAGAAAACAAAUAAAAUAUACAUCAGUGGAUAUGUUUCAGAUAAUUUUUAUUAUUAUUUAAGCAUAAAGUUCGCUAUAACUUGCUUCAUAUAGAAAGUCAAACAUAUUGGAAGACUUACAGGACAAGCAAAAUUUUCAUGAAAUCCAGCUGGUUUUUUUUUAUUUUCAUCAUCAUAUUCUUUAAAACAUUUUUAAAUGCCCUUUUAUUCCCGUUGGAUAGAGUUUGGGGGAAAUAAUGAUUUCAUUUAUUUCUAUAUUAGAUCUACUCUGAAUUUAGGUUUAAGCUGUCAAUAGUUAACAAUCUUCUGGCAUUUCCUCUAAAAGAAUAGCAUUUCAAUAAUUAUGACUCAUUUUCAGGGGCAGAUAUAGAUUACAUCCUGUCUCUUGCUGAAAUCCUUGUUUUUUAAAAGGGAGAAUCCCUUACUUCUUCCCUUGUAUAUUAAAAAAAGUAGUAUGAAAAGUUUUUUUGAAACCACAGCAAUUAAAUAUUUAGGGUAAGCCAGAUUGAAACCUAGAUUCUCGUGAUUCAUAAUAGCAACUAGACAUUUGAAUAACGAGACAGUUUAUAAUAAUAAAAAAAAGAUUCAGACAAAUCUGAAAAUGAAAAUUAACCUCCUCCUUUUUUUUUGAAGUUGAUUAAAGAGUUUAAUUAUUUAUUCACUAAAUGCAACCAAACUCUUUUGCAUACAAUUUUUUAUGUGGCGCAAGUUAUAAUUAGAUAGGUAAGUUAUCACAUAAUAUAUCUAACAUUCCAUGGUACUACAUUCAUUCAAUUAACUACUCAUAACAUAAUUAUACAGGAUGUUCGAGAGUAUUUCCUAUAACUUUAGGGUUAUAUUCUUUAACAAAAAUUUAUUCAAAAUUUUCAAGGAACAUGUGUGUUCUAAUAUUAUUUUUUUUCAGAGUAAAUAAUAUUUCUUUUGCAAAUAGAUCUUAAGAAGUGUCCCUUAUUCGCAUCCUUACAUAAUGAUGUAUUUAUAUUUUAAAAUGUAACAUGUCGCUUUGUUACCUAAAGGCGUGUGUUACAAUGGAUAGUCGGUAUUCUUUGAAUUACUUUGUAUGAAAACAUAUUUUCUUAGUAGUUAAUAAAAUAUUAGUUAUGCAGUUCGGUUCCUAUAAGUGGUCUCGUUAAUACCUUGAAGUUAUGGGAAAUACUUCCGAGCACCCUGUAUACAUAUAUUUAUUUAAAUUAAUGAAAUUAAUAUUUUAGAAUUUAUUAAUAAUUCUAGUAGGAAAAAUUAUGUAACUUGUAAGAGCUUCCCAGCUUGCAUUCCUAAAUUCUAUAUAAUAUAAUAAUUAUUACUGCUUUGUUUGUAACAAAAUAUUUAUUUUGUAAAAAUAAUAUUUUCGUUCAAAACUUCAAAAGUACCUCUAGUUGCAAUUAUUUUUAUAUUUUAUAAAAAAAUCACGAGCCAACUAGAUAAGUAAGAUAUUUGUAAAUAUGUUAUAACUAUAAUAGGCAUAUUUAUUUGUUAAUAAAUAUAUUGUUGCGAUUAUUUUCUAUUAAAAUAUAUAUCCCAGAAAACAAGAAUUACUUAUAUAAUCUAGUCAAAUAUAUACAUAUUUAUUAUUUGGACAUUUUAAACCAAUAACAAUUAUUUUAUCAACAGACUUUGUAAUGCAACUGUUUUCUUUUACCAUGAUGUACAUGUUUAUUAUUAUUGAAUAAUGAAUUAAAUAAAUAUUUUAUUAACAAUAAA